AUGACCUCCCUGAUCACCUCCUCCCUGAUCGUCUCCUCCCCGCGACCCUUCGAUGAACGGCUCACUACCCGACUCACACGAAACCGCCACCAGAGCGUCCCCAUUCAAACACCCGCACUCCCCACAUCCCCCCCACCCACGCUGGACCUCCUCCGUUGGCUGAAGCUUGCCGAGAUAUCCCAGCUCCUCUACUCAGAGAGCUUCCGCUUGCAGUACGGCGAGCCAGCCCUUAUUCAGCCGUCGCCCACGGUCCUUUGUGUGGGCACCGCCAAAGGCUUUAUCGUUGUUUUCAACUACUCCCAGCAAGUGAAGGAGAUCAUCGGGGGCAGCAUGACGGAGAUGCGGGGUUGCGGAUCCAUUACGAGUCUCGCGGUGCUGUCCGACUCGACCCACGUGGCCGCAGGGACCGCACGCGGUGACGUGGUGGUUUGGAAGUUGCUGAAACUUGGUUCCCCGGUUGUCCAUAUAGCUCCCAUUACGGCUUUCGAGCGCCAGAGCGCGCGCAAUGGCCAUUUGGCCGGUAUUCCCGUGACCCAGCUCGGGUUUGUGGCCAACCGACACACAUUCUUGGUGCUGGCAGACACAUCUGGCUUGGUUUUUAGCCAUAGCGGGAGCAGGGGAAUGCUAGGUCUCCGCUUCUCCACCCGCAAGAUCUUAGGCAUCUAUGAUGCGCCAAAAACCAUACCCAACCCCCCAAAGUCCAUCCUAGCCUGUCUGGUGCUUCCGCUUGGUACAGCGCUCGAGCCGACAGACGAAAUGGGACUCACGGCUGUGAUGUCGCACAAUGUCUUGGCCAUUGUGUCACUCCACAGUCCCGAUCCCAAGGCAGCGGAUGUGACGACUCACUACAAGAUGGGAAAACCCAGGGCUUGCAAUGAAGCCACCGGCUCUACCGGCUGUCUAGCGUGGUACCCCGCGAUCACGCUCCCGGGUGCCAGAAGUUGCGUCAAACUCGUCUACUGCUGGUCGAACGUGCUCACGGUGGUGAAGCUCGAACCCUCUGUUGAAACCCCUAGGUCCAGGGACAAAGAUCCCAAGACGGUGCUUACGUUCACCAAGAUCAAGCGCUAUGUCUCACUGGAAGCGAUCUCCGAGGUGCAAUGGAUCAACCAUCGGCUUGUCGCGGCCGUGACCGUCACCCAGCAGAUGCUUUUGAUUGACGUGGAUGAAACGACCCAUGCGCUAAACGUGCUGGAAAGCGAUCUUUAUAGGACGGAUCUCCUUUCGAUGCACAUCCAGCGGUCUCCCUACCCGUCGUCCUUCAGAAUCAGCAAGGGCAAGUUCUUGCUCCUAGGAAAGCGCGAGAUGUUUGUGGGCGUUAUGACCACCUGGACAGACCGGCUUAUGGCGAUGGUCGUAGGGGGGGACCACAUCGCGGCGUUAGAGCAGGCACGGGUAUACUACAUGGGAAAAGGCGACACGUUUGCAGGCUUACCUGAAGACGGCACUGAACGCCGCUCCAUUGUCCGCGAGUACUUGAUCGAGAUCAUGAACGCUUCCAUCGAGGUGACGUUUGGGUCGGAGUCCGACCAUAUCUAUGACUUGCUCAGGGCAUGUUUCAGGGCCUGUGUCACGAUUGAGGUUUCUACAGACGUUUACGACCACUUGUUUGAGGUGGCCACCGCGAAUGGCGCGGAAGAGAUCUUUUUUGACGUGCUAGAGUGGUUCGCCUAUUCAUCUGAGAUUGUUGCGUUGUCCCCCACGAUCCUCCAGCGCAUGGUGGAGGUGUAUAUCGAGCAGGGAAAGGGCGAGGUAUUGGAGGAGAUCAUCUGCUUUUUGGACAUUGAGGCCCUUGAUAUCGAUCUGACCGUUCAAUUAUGCCGCAAGCACAGACUCAGGGACACCUUGGUUUAUAUUUGGAACGUCUCCCUCUGCGACUAUAUCACCCCGUUGAUAGAGUUUAUCGAGGAUGUGAAGAGAGAGGGUACAGGGUACGGGGAGAAUGGAAUGGGUGGGGAGAAUGAAGUGGUCGGGGGGAAUGGAACUUUAGAGGUUGAAAGACCUAAACUGAAUGGUACAGCCCUCACAACCUUCAACGGGACUUCGCUCAAAAAUGGAACACAUUUGAACGGCAGUUUGACUUCCGUUUCUGACUUUACCACAGAAUUGAAAGCCCACGAACAAAAACUCCUUUCUACCCACCCCGAUUGCAACAAAGUGUUCAGUUACAUUUCUUUCGUGCUCACGGGAAGGCAGUACCCCACCGAGAAGCCGAUCGUGUACAUCCACGCACUCCAGGCUAAGCUCAAUAUCUACUACGUCUUGUUCAGCGGCAUUCCCUGUAUCUGGCCGCCUGGCGGGGCCAAGGUGCACAUCCUGGACGACUACUACAGCGAGCCGGCGUAUCCCUACCUCUGCUUAUUUCUCAGCUUCAACUGUGCUGACUUUCUUGCCGCCCUCAACGAGGCCUUUGAGGACUCCGUACUCGAUGACGAGGAGGAGGCGCUGCAUCGGUACCAACUGUAUGAAACCAAGAUGACCCGCCAGUAUAUCGUGGACAUCCUUCUCGACGUGUUUGGUGCCAACAACUUUGGUGUACAGGCGCAGGUAUACUUUGCCAUCUUUAUCACGCGCAACUACUCCAAGUUCCCUCAGUUCAUCCGUAUUGCCGACUCGGUUUUGGAGGAGAUGGUGGAGAAAUUGUGUGCCUAUCCAGACGAGUCGAUGAAGAGCGACUCCUAUUUUGAGACGGCCGGCUUUACCAACGUGCUAUUUGACGUGUACAGAGCCGAGGGUAACUACGCCAGUCUUCUUGAGUUGUAUCUUGCGAGUGAGGAUGGUCCGCUUAGAGACGCAUACGAAACCCCGGCGAUCGUCGAGCUCUGUCUCUCCAAGACGGUGAACCAGGCACGCGAGCGAAGCAGGGUGGAAGAAAUCAUCCGUAACUCGUUUGCCCAGCUUCCGAUGCCAGUAGAUGUCAUGGUGAAGGUUUUUGAUACCUUUGAUCCAAACCUACACCACUCGCUUUUCCUGUUGACUGAAGACCAGCAGUUUUUGUAUCUCAGAUCCAUGUUCCUGCUUCUGCGCAAGGGAAAGCUACAUGGAAAGAUCACCGCCAAAGAGAGAGAGGCGUAUAUCAAGGGUCUCUGUGUGUACGAACGGCCGAGGGUGCAUAGCUUUGUGGCAAGUAUGGAGGAUGGUGAUGUGGACUUGAACGUGGUUUUGAAAACCUUGAAGGCCCACCGGUGUAUGGACUCGGUUGUGACGUUGUUGAGAAAGCACAAGCAAACGGAAAAGGCGUUUGAGGAAAUCACAGGCUAUUUCGAGACCCUUAAACCGGCAGACGACUGGCCGCUGUUGGAAAACGAGGCGAGAGGCAAUCUCCGCCUUGGGAUUCAGUUAUGUGUGGAGGCUGGGGCCCAGGACGAGGAGAUGUGGCUUGCAUUGAUCAGGAUCGUGGUCAACCUCCUUCCAGUGAACGAGGACGUCACUCCGGCUUGGACGGCCCUCACCAAGGGACUCGUAGAGACUGUUUUCCGCAGCUUGAUUGACUGUAAGUCCCAGCUUGAGACCCUUGAUGAGGGCAAAGCAUCGUUUUUGCACAUUUUCUCGGAAUUCUUGGGCAGCGCCUCUUCCCAGGCCACCACCUUGGGGGAUGUCCGAGCGGUGUUGCUGGAAGUCUCGCUUGCGUACUCUUUUGAGCGGGAGAUGUUGAACCUCACCCUAAAGUCCUUGAACGAUCAUAUCUAUAAGGAUAUGCGCCUCUUGGAUAUCGAGAAGGUGAAGGGCUGGUUGGUUGAGAAGAAUUGUGCCGCCUGUGGCAAACCGAUCUGGGGCAAGGGAACCUCCAACGAGAAUCUCAUUGCCUGGGAAGACAAAACCUUGAACAAGAUCCAUUUGAUGCUGAACGGAGAGUCCAGCUACGGUCAAGGGCUGUAUGAUCCACAGAAGUUUCACAGCUGUGUGUUGGUUGUAUUUAAGUGCCAUCACGGGUACCACUCGGAUUGCUUGGCAAGCCUUGUUCUAGCUGGUGAGUACCAGACGUUUGAGUCGGAAUUUGGCUCGUAUGUCAACCCUAACCCUCGGUCCUACGAGAGAUGUGACGGAGAGGACUUGGUUAAAUUGUCGGCGUGUGCCAACGAGGUGCUAAGCAAGCUCGAUGACUGCAAGCCGGACGAUCUCGCUUGUGAAUGCUGUGCACUCCAGAGUAUGAAGCAAGAAUGCUUUGGUUUGUGCCCUGGAUCCCCAAACGGGAGCUUUUUAGCGGUGCUCUACCAAGACUGUGAAAGCUUGAACGAUAUAAAUGCGUGUGGGUUGCCGUUUAAGAAGGAUGAUAACGGCCAGGCAAAGGUAUCUCGGGUUAAGAGUAAGGGAGAGGUUUCAAUCGAGGACGAAGACGAAUACUACAACUUCAAGUCGAAGUCGAAGUCCAAGUCCAAGGCUAUGAAACUGGAGAAUAGUGGGAGUUCCGUGAGGGUCAAGUCCAAUAUCCGAAAGACGGGUAAGGGAACCGCCAAGUCUGAGUGGGUCGAUUCCGAUUCAAAGGUUGUAGAUGCCAUAAUUGAAAAGGUCAAGAGGCCUGCCAAGGAAGAGGGUUUAGAGGAAGAAGGUUUGAAGGAAAAGAUUUCUCUUGGAACCGUUUUCAAUACAAGUAACACUACUAACGCUACUGUCUUCUCGAGUGAUGAAUCCAAGGCUGGCAAGGAAUUCAUCACAAGGUAUCUUAUGGCGAUAAGCAUCUCUGUGAUUGCGUAUAGUAUUUUCACACAAUAA